AUGGAGCGAAUUCUGACGUUACUGAACUCCAUUAAGAUCACGCAGCAGAUUCACACAGACUACUUCUCUGUAUUGAUGAAAAAAAAUGAAGAUGCCCUUUUGGAGCAAGUGGACCUUCCCGAUCUACCAUUUUCGUCACUUUUUGCGUUCCAGCAAUUUGAUGAGGGGCUUCUUGUGGAUGUCAAAAAAAGGCGGGCUAUGAGGGAUCACAUUGCAAUACAAGGAGGCGACACAACCAAAGAGAAAACCUCACGAAUUCUUCGCACCAUCCUUGCACCAGCAGUGGCUACAGAGUUCAGUUGGUUCGGGGCCAAAGGCAAGAAAAAGUUUGUGGACACAAACAUCUGCAAGCUGAUGUGCACCACCCUAACAGACAAGCAAGUGUCUACCCAGGUGACCGCUACAAUAAAAGAAAUUGAGAAGUCUGCAAUGUCAUGGUUUAGACAUGCUGCAGAGAGGGCAGCUGCCUUGCAGAAGAAGAUGGAGGCCGAGAAGUGCUUCGAAGUGAGUGCACUUUCCCAAACAGAUGCCUUUUCAAGUGAGAAUAACUAGCAGAAGCUUUCUAGCUUGACAAUAAAUUUGGCAACAAUCUCUCUUACUGAUGUACAUUAUAGUGUUGGAUGCCUCUUGUUUCAUGUACGUACGGUUCUGCAUUUCUAUAUGGUGGCGUUUGACAGUUUUAAUUUUGUUCAUACUGUUAUAUAGCAGCCAACUUCUCACCUAACCAUGUUUUAUGGAACAUAGUU